UUGUAAAUCAGAUCUGAGCCAAAAACUAGGGUUUUUGGCAUUUUCGCACUGAUAUUGGUGCCGAUAGUUGAUCCAUGAGUACACCACUUCCCGAAGACGUUAUCAUUGACAUCUUAGCGCGUGUACCAAGAUGCAACUAUCCAAGACUCUCCCUCGUUUCCAAGCACUUCGGAUCACUUAUUGCAUCGCCUAAGCUCUACGCUGUACGAUCAUUGUUAAGAUGCACGGAACACUGCCUCUAUGUUGUCCUCCACAACAGAGAAACUGGCGGAGAUCAUCGUUGGUAUAUUCUCCGACAAAAAACCAAAGACAAUCCCCGCUUGGUCCUUAUCCCUUCGCUUCCCGUUGCGCAACUCGAUGCAAGCUAUGUCGCAAUGGGCUCGAAGAUAUACGUGUUUGAUAAGAGUAAGACUAAAGAUGACAGUGUGACUACGAAUGUGUUGAGCAUCGACUGUAGAUCUCACACGGUUCAACAUCUCCCGAGCAUUGAUGUGCACGUGUAUACUACACUCGCUGACAUCAUCAAUGGGAAAAUCUACGUACUUGGGUAUCAGUAUCGUAAUACUAACUCGAAGAAGGUGAUGGUGGUGUUGAAUACAGAAACACAAACGUGGGAGCCUGUGAUGACACUGCCAGAGACGAUGGCGUAUUACACGUGGCCUUCUAGCUGUGUGAUGAUGGAUGGUAAGAUGUAUUUGAGGUGUUCUAAUAAAACCUUUCUUUAUGACCCAAAGGAAAAUAGAUGGGAAACGGACGAGAAGCUGGAUUUCUGGAUCAAUCCGUGCGUCGUUGCUGAUGUUAUGUACUGCUAUUAUUAUGAUGGGAACGUGUUAAUAAUGUAUGAUCCAAAGCAAAGGCGCUGGGGAAAGGUGAGAGGUCUGGAAGAAUUUUUGGCUGAGACGAAAUCAUGCUCAACAUUUUCAUGGACGGGCAUAGUGGGUUACGGUGGAAAGCUAGCUUUGUUUUUUCCUAAAGGAGUGACAAGAGAGAUCUGGUGUGCGGAGAUUUCACUGGAAAGACAAGAAGGAGAAGGGACUUGGGGUAAAGUUGAGUGGUGUCAUCAGGUUAUGGUUGCUGGAAAUUUUGACGUUAACAAAUGUGUUGCUGUUAUGGUUUGAUUCAUCAACUCUCAUGCUUGGAUAUUUUAUUAGUCAAAAAUGCUACAUUUGGUUCUUUGUUUGAGUUUUUGUUUUGAAUAUUCGUUUUAUGUAAUUGAUUCAGGAGAUUUUUUUUUAUUAUUCUUGUUUUAUGGUUUCUGAAAUCUUAUUUCAUUGCUAUCCUGGAGAAAGUAUUUAGUAAUUUUGACUCUUGCUGUUUAGUAGUAGGAUCAGGCUAACUGAGGAAAAAUCUACUUGGCAAGGUGUGUUAAUGUUUGUGAUAGUAUCCAAAAUGAGCAAGACGGUCCAAUGCUUAAAGGAAGCAGGAAGCUGGUUAUUUGUUAAAGGUCAAUCUCUAGGACUACUGUAUCUGAUAAAGUAGAUCAGACAAAACCAAGUGUUAGAUAACUGAAAGAAAAAAAAGUAAAAAUAUAACAAGGAUGACAAGUUAGUUUAGAGGUCAUGAGCAUUUUUACAUAAGUCUUUUUCUAGGAAGAGACCCUUGCGAAGAGUGGUCGGCUUAGACUCGUUCUUCGUACAAGUCCAUGUCGUGUAACAAAGAUGCCACACCACGGAAUAGUUCUUGAAUAUUGAAAGCAUUAAUUGGAGACCUUUGCUGAGUUUGAUGAUC